AUGGAUGGCAAUUUGUCAAUUUUGUAUCCAGAUUGUAAUAUACUCCCAUUCGACUCUGUUAAUGGUAAUCUGAUGAACUAUUCUGGGCUGUAUUCCAAUAGUUGUGGUCUAAAAUCAAGCGCAUAUCUGGACGAAUUCCAACACAUGAAGGAAGAUUCACAAGAUUUUACACAGAAGCACAUGUCCGGUAGAAAAACGUUUAUGUGUCCCAAGUGCAACAAUUUUUAUUCUGAGGGCAGCAACUGGUGCUCUAGCUGCGGGGAGCUACUAAUUGGUGCGGACGUAUGUUCUGGUGAACCAAAAUUCAUCGCAAAUGAAGUUUCAAAGACACAAACCAAUAUGAUGGAUUCAAGUAAACCUUUAUCUAAUUUGUCUUCAAGUGUACCCAUUGGUUUCAAUAUGUUUUGUGAGAAUGCUACACGCUCGCCCAAUUUAGUCGCUUAUCCACGUCAUCCAAUAUUACCAGUCGCUACAGAUGCAGCGUUUUCUUUACCAUCUUGUGUAGCGUCAAAAUUCUCACAAGGAAAUCUAAAUGCACAACAUUCAGAGUGGAGCAAUUUAUCAUUUUCACCGUCAAAGCAGUUUGAUCAACUACGUCACAAUAAAGCAAACAUUCCUUUUUGUGUACCGGUUGACCCCUCGUUUUCGAGAUAUAAAAACUUUGGGAUUUCGCAGAAUGCCUCCACUGACCAAAAACAGUAUCAAGUUGUAAAGAAUAACGAAUACACUGAUCCCUGCAACUUUAAAUUGUUGUAUCCCAAAGAAAAUGGUUUUACUCAAUCGAUAUUAUGGAAUUCUAAACAUUUUAAUGAUAAUAAAAGUUGCAGUCAGUUUUCUCAUCCAUUCAACAAUGUUUCUGAUUAUCGUCAUCGCCGUACAUCUGGUCCAGGCAUGCAGAAUAAAUUAAGUGAUCAUAGUAGCUUGGAAAAUGUAUAUCAUGCUAACAGUGUCCCUUCCAGUUAUCUAACUAUCAAUACUUCACCAAUCAAUUCAUUGAUAGACACUUCUCAAGGCCAGUAUACAUUUUCAGAUAACUGGUGGAAUAAUCCUUCAGCAUCACAAAUUGUAGCUGACCUUUUGAGGGAAACACAACUUUCAGUUUCAGCUAACACUAGUAUUCCUCCUAAGUCAGCAUUAUACCAGCCAUGGCAAUACCAAGAAAUGAUUUCCUCAGCCAGUAAAAGUCCUUCGGCAUCACGCAAAAGUGUUCGCAUACGUGGUGGAUAUUGUCGUCGUAAACACCCAUCUGAAUGUUCCAGAACUCAGCUCAAUAAUCUUACUACUGUUCAAAAUCCAGCCAUCUGUCGUGCCCGUAGUUUUAGUUCAGAUUUUGAAGAUAAUAAUAACAGUGGUGUUGAUUCAUCAAAAUUGCAACCCAAUUUUACUUGGCAGUCAUCUAGAACAGCCUGGUCAGCACAUGAUCCCGCAGUAUUAAAAAAGAAACCUGCUGCAUAUUUAAGAGCAUCAUAUAGUCAAGGAAAUGUUGCUUCUGUUCAGCUUGAAAGUAAUUCAAAUAUGAAACCGAAUAAUUCAAACAACCAACUAGACAAAUCUCAGCAGUCACCUCUUCAGUGUUCAAACAGCAAGUCAUGUAAUCAGAAAGUCAAAUCAAACGACACUACUGGAUCAUCUCCAGAUAAUCGUUCAGAAUGGAAUAAUACACAUGCUAAGUCAAAUCGUUGUCAUCACCCACCAAGGCGUAAUCGACGUUAUAUAUCGAAGAGCCUUAGUGUUUGCAUGGAUGGUACAACAACAAACAGUCCAGUCACUAGUAUACUGAAAGAGGGAAUUUCAAUAAAUCUACAUACUAAUAAAAUUAGCGAACCUAAAAAUGAUUUUAAUUCAUCAAACUGGCUACUGUUGCCCGAUGAAUUAUGGCUUGAAGUACUCCGAUAUUUAAGUCCAGUUGAUCGUGUGCGGGUUGCUCAAACUUGUCGACAUUUGUCUAGACUUUCAAUGGAUCGUUCAUUAUGGCGAGUCAUUCAUCUUCAUCGACAACACCAUUUGACUGAUGCAGAUUUAGUGAGAAUUGGAAAUCUUAAACCAAAAGAAUUACGUUUCACUUAUUGUCGUGGUGAUAGCCUAACUGCUACAGGAUUAAAACGCAUGUUUCUAGUCUGUGGUCCAGGAUUACAAAAACUAUCAUUAAUCGGUUGUACUAAAGGUCCAUUUGAUCAAGAUCUACCAUUGAGAAUAGUUGCUGAUCAUUGUCGUAAUUUACAACAUGUGAAUGCAAGUUAUACUCAAUCAGUACGUGAUCAAACUGUGAUUGCUCUAGCUAGAUCUGCCACGCAUUUAAUCAGUGUAAAAUUGAAUGGUGCACAACAGAUAAGUAAUGCUGCCAUACAACAAUUGGUUCAUUAUCAUCAAAAUACUCUUGAACGUUUAGAAUUGUUUGGAUGUUUUCGUUUAAAUUCAAGUAUAUUAGCUUUAUUGGGACAAUGUCAAGAAUUAAGAGCACUUGCAUUUGGACAUCUUCAUCAUUUAUCAUCGGAUGGUUUAUUAGAACUUGUUAGCAAACUACCUCAUCUUUCUUCAUUAGAUCUACGAGGAACACAAACUUUCAGUGAUGAUAAUAAUCUUUCUCAGUUAGCAGCUAAAUGUCCUCAUUUGGAAGAAGUUGUUUUAGCUAAUAUGCAUUCUUUGAAACGUGAAACUGGAAUUGCCCAAAUGUUACGCCGUCUGCCUCGUUUGCGUGUACUCGAUUUGUGUGGUCUAGCCGCAGUUGGUGAUUUAACUAUGGAGGUUUUAGCCACCAGUUGUCCUCAACUAGAAGAACUUGAUGUCAGUUGUACUUCUGUUACUCAAAAAGGUUUAUUCCAUCUAACAAAUGCUCCUGCAGUAUGUUUAAAAUGUUUACGAAUUAGCCAUUGUAGAGAAAUAACUAGUGAUGUACUUGAAAAGUUGAUUGAAGCCUGUCCUAAAUUAACAUUAUUGUAUGCUUAUGGAUUUGUUUCCAUUAAUGAUUGGGGUUUCCUUCAAAAAAUACGUCCUACUUUAUUAGUAGAGAAAGCUAUUGCUUUAUCACUGAAAGAUACUGACAAUUCAGCGUCAUCCCAUCCAAACAAACAGUCUGUUUCCACUUCAAAUGAGAAGACUAGUUUAUAUCCUUCUUGCUCUCAACUUCCAUUUAAUUCACUUUCAACUUAUUCAACGUCAACAUCAUCAUCAAAUCGCUCUAAAACAACUGUUCCUCGCAAUUCAAAGGGACAGGUAAGAGCAUUGUACGAUUUUGAAGCAGCUGAAGACAAUGAAUUAUCAUUCAAAGCUGGAGAGCUUAUCUUACUCUUAGAUGAUUCCGAUGAGAAUUGGUGGCUUGGAAGCAAUAGCAAAGGUCAAGGUUUAUUUCCCGCUCAAUUUGUCAAACGUGAAAUUGAACUUGAUGGAGUAAAUAAUGUCAAAUCAAGUCCAGGCGAAGUUUCUCACAAUACAGAUGUUAAAAGAAACCAACCUUCCAAAAAAAUUGUCCCCCAACUUGAUGAGAAGAAAAUUGAUGAAUGUUUACGUUUAAUUACAACUGUAGAUCCUACUGGUGAAUUUCAACAAGAUCCACCAGAAUUAAGUCAACUUGAAGCAGAAUGUGUAGCAAUGGUUCCACUUGUUGAUCCUGAAUUAAAAUUAGUUGAUAAAGAAAUUAUUAUGCUUACAGAAUUAAAUCAACGUUUAUUAGAUGCAUUUCAAUUGCAUCAUGAUAUUAUGUCACGUCAGAAUCCUUCAAAUGCUUAUUAUAACGGAAUGUCUAAUACUAUUACUAACACCACGACCAACUCAAUAAAUCCAACAAUCCCUUACUUACCACCAAAUACUCCGAAUAUAUAUCCAUAUACACAGCCAGAAUCGUCAAUGACUAAAUCUUCAUCGGCAGUACCUAUGAAUUUUCGACUGUUAUUAUGGCACACUAAUCAAUAA